UGAGACGAACAGAAAUCGUAAGUGGACUGUGUUCGGUUGAAAGAAGAUGGCUGGUGAUUCUUCAGAUAAGAAAGAGGUUGAUGCCUCAGGGGGCAAAGAACGAGAACGAAAACGUAGUCGCUCUAGAUCCCGGGACAGAGAUCGCAAAAGUUCUCCCGGGAAAGAGCGCAAGCGUCACCGCUCCCGUGAAAGGAAACGGUCCCGCAGCCGCUCCAAAUCCACAGAGAGAGAUCGACGGCAGAAAGACAAGGAGAGAGACAGAGACAGGGACAGGAGUCGUAAGGACCGGGAGAGAGACAAGGAUGGCCACAGGCGGGAUAAAGAUCGGAGCAAGAAAUCCAGAAGCGUCUCCCCUAAAUCCAAGGAUUUAAAGAUAAAGAGGGAAAAGGACAUUAAAAGAGAGGAGGAUGAAGAGGAGGAUAAAAAGAAAAAAGAGAAGGUGCAGCCACUGUCUCUGGAGGAGCUGUUGGCCAAGAAGAAAGCUGAGGAAGAGGCAGAAGCCAAGCCCAAGUUUCUGUCUAAAGCUGAACGUGAAGCCGAAGCUUUAAAACGGCGGGAACAGGAAACAGAGGAACGUCGGAGGCUUGUAGAGGAAGAGAGGAAGAAGAGGAGACAGUUUCAGGAAAUUGGGAGGAAGAUGCUAGAGGAUCCCCAAGAGAGAGAGCGUCGUGAACGGAGGGAACGAAUGGAGAGGGAGAACAAUGGAAACGAGGAAGAUGACGGACGACAGAAAAUUAGAGAGGAAAAGGACAAAGGAAAAGAGCUUCAGGCCAUUAAGGAACGUUACCUGGGUGGAAUGAAGAAACGACGUCGCACACGGCACCUGAAUGACAGGAAGUUUGUAUUUGAGUGGGAUGCUUCUGAAGACACCUCAACUGACUAUAAUCCACUGUAUAAAGAGAAGCACCAAGUACAGCUGUAUGGUCGAGGCUUCAUCGCUGGCAUUGAUCUCAAACAGCAAAAAAGAGACCAGUCCCGUUUCUACGGCGACCUCAUGGAGAGGAGACGUACACUUGAGGAGAAAGAACAGGAGGAGCAGAGGCUGAAGAGGGUACGUAAGAAGGAGGCCAAACAACGCUGGGACGACAGACACUGGUCUCAGAAGAAACUGGACGAGAUGACUGACAGAGACUGGAGAAUCUUCCGUGAGGACUACAGCAUCACUACCAAAGGAGGCAAGAUCCCCAACCCCAUCCGCAACUGGAAGGAGUACCCCCUGCCCGCCCACAUCCUGGAGGUCAUCGACAAGUGCGGCUAUAAGGAUCCGACACCCAUCCAGAGACAGGCCAUUCCCAUUGGCUUACAGAACAGAGACAUCAUCGGUGUGGCUGAGACCGGUAGCGGUAAAACCGCUGCUUUCCUUAUCCCCCUAUUGGUCUGGAUCACUACCCUACCCAAGAUUGACAGGAUAGAGGACUCAGACCAGGGGCCGUAUGCGGUCAUUCUGGCCCCUACCCGUGAGUUGGCCCAGCAGAUCGAGGAGGAAACCAUCAAGUUCGGAAAGCCGCUGGGGAUCCGGACAGUGGCCGUGAUUGGAGGAAUAUCCAGAGAGGACCAGGGAUUCAGGCUCAGGAUGGGCUGUGAGAUUGUGAUUGCCACUCCUGGGCGUCUCAUUGACGUGCUAGAGAACCGUUACCUGGUUCUGAGCAGGUGUACAUAUGUGGUACUGGAUGAGGCUGAUAGGAUGAUUGACAUGGGUUUCGAGCCCGAUGUCCAGAAGAUUCUGGAAUACAUCCCAGUGACCAAUCAGAAACCAGACACAGACGAGGCAGAGGAUCCUGAGAAGAUGAUGAUGAACUUUGAGUCUGGAAAACAUAAAUACAGACAGACGGUCAUGUUCACAGCCACUAUGCCUCCUGCUGUGGAACGCUUGGCCCGAAGUUAUCUACGUCGCCCUGCUGUGGUCUACAUUGGCUCUGCAGGCAAACCUCACGAGAGAGUGGAACAGAAGGUCUUACUUAUGUCCGAAAGCGAGAAGAGAAAGAAGCUGUUGGAAGUUCUGUCACGUGGAUUCGAGCCCCCCAUUAUCAUCUUCGUCAACCAGAAGAAGGGGUGCGAUGUACUGGCCAAGUCUCUGGAGAAGAUGGGGUACAACGCCUGUACCCUGCACGGAGGCAAAGGGCAGGAACAGAGAGAGUUUGCCCUCUCCAAUCUCAAGGCUGGUGCCAAGGACAUCCUAGUGGCCACAGAUGUGGCUGGCAGAGGUAUCGACAUCCAGGAUGUCUCCAUGGUGAUCAACUACGACAUGGCCAAGAACAUCGAAGACUACAUCCAUCGUAUUGGAAGAACUGGUCGUGCUGGAAAGAGCGGUGUGGCGAUGACCUUCCUGACCAAAGAGGACUCAUCUGUCUUCUACGACCUCAAACAGGCCAUCCUAGAGAGCCCUGUCUCCACGUGCCCGCCAGAGCUGGCCAAUCACCCAGAUGCCCAGCACAAACCUGGUACCAUCCUCACCAAGAAGAGGAGAGAGGAGACCAUCUUUGCUUGAGGCACCAAACAACCAGAAUCCUGUCCGCUCUAAUAAUGCUCCUCUGUCCAUUGUGUGGUUUUGUUGUUUUGCUGGGUCUUUUGUUUUUAGUACUCCUCCCUCUUUCACUCCUCACAUCCCUUCAUCCUUUCCUUAUUGUUUCUCCUCUGCCCCUCCCCUCACUCUUUACCUCAGUCCUAUACUGAGUGACUGUGUCCCCCCCAUAGCUGUUUCCAUAUUUCUGUCAGACCCAACUCUAUUUGGGAUCAAAGGCAACAUACAACAUUUCCUAGACAUCUCCUGUGUACAGCAGACAUAAAAUUGUAGAAUGGUGUUUUUUUUUGUAUUGAAUCUUUGACAUUUAUUUGAAUUUUAAACAGUGCAAAGCAGAGUCAUUGCAGGCUUAUCUUGACCAGAAUAUUCUGGAACAUCUUGCAUCGUUUUUUUUUUUUCCAGUCAACUGGUAAUGGUCCUAUGUAGUUCUAUUCAUUAUGUUGGAAAUGAUUUCUUUGAAUUUGUAUUAAAGCACCUUUUGACUGAGA